AAUCAAAUCAAAUCAAUUUACUUGAUGACUCUCUCAAUCUUCAAUAGUAAAAAGUUUUUUCAACGAUUGUUCAAUAUACACUAUGAAGUCAUUAUAUAUAUAUAGUCAUUAGAAGAAUAUACAAUAUUUACUUGAUUGAUAUAGUUAUGCUACUAGUUUUGAGAUCCAAACCGAAUCAAACUUUACCGGCGCGCCCACCCCUUCUUGGAGAAGCACGACCAUCACAUUUGUUAGAGAAAGUUAAAAAAAGAAUAGAAAUGAUCACUUUCAUAUAGAAUUCUUAUUAUUAGAAGAAGAAAAGUUUGAUACUUUAAUAUUCAAAGACCUAAAUUUAAAAGGCCAUCUAAUCGCGCGAGGGGGCUUGGGUUCGAUACCUUUGCAUCUACACUGGUGACUUCAAAUUUAGCACACAGACGCUCGACUUCUGCCUGAAACAGAUCAUAGAGGUCCGUCCGUCGUCCGUGCUCCUGUCUUUUUCUUUAUAACAAAAAAGUGCUUCUCAGCGGUUCCUGUGGACCAUGUUUAUUUCUAGAGUAUCCCGGUUCGGAACUCAGAUGGUCAAGCGUCUCACAAAAGGUACAUUGACGUCUGCACCAAAGACAGGAAACUUACCUAAAGUUUACAAUUAUUUUUUCCAUUCUCUGAAGCAUCAAACUUUCUCUACAACAACUGCUCAUGAGGAAGGGGAUAAAGAAGUUGAAGAAAUUUCUGUGACGUUUGUUGACAAGGAUGAAAUGGAGACGCAUAUUAAGGUUCCCAUUGGCAUGUCCAUGCUAGAAGCUGCUCAUGAACAUGACAUAGAACUUGAAGGAGCAUGUGAAGGAUCCUGCGCUUGUUCAACAUGUCAUGUGAUUGUGAGAGAUAUGGAGUACUACAAUAAACUCGAAGAUCCAACUGAUGAGGAAAAUGACAUGCUGGACCUCGCUUUCGGGCUCACAGAGACGUCUCGACUGGGUUGUCAAAUGACUGCAAAACCUGAACUUGAUGGAAUAUGCCUUGAACUGCCCAGUGCAACACGAAACUUUGCUGUUGAUAGGUAUGCCAAGGCCACAUAGAGUUCUCCUGACAGGAGAGAUUACCCCAUCUUGACUGAGGAACCAAAUGGAGCUUUGCCAAUCUUGUAGCAUGUCUUCCUUGGCAGUGUUUUGGCUUAAGACAAUGAGGUAGCGACUUGAUGAAAUUGGUUGCGCCAAUAAUUUGGUUGAUUAAUUCAUUUGCCCCCACCAUCACUUUGUUGAAGAUGAUUAUCAUAUUAAUUUUCAUAAUUAGAAUCACUAAUGACAUUUUUGGAA